AUGGAAGGUUCCUUCCAACUCCUGGCCUCCUUGGUGUGCGUCAUCCUGAUGGGAUCAUUUGUGAGAACUAAAAGCGAUACCACCAGGAACUUGCUCAACACAGAGCUGCACAGUGCGCCGGCGCAGCGCUGGUCCAUGAAGGUGCCGGCCGAGGUGAGUGCGGCGGCGGGCGAGGCGGCAGUGCUGCCCUGCACCUUCACGCACCCGCACCGCCACUACGACGGGCCGCUCACGGCCAUCUGGCGCGCGGGCGAGCCGUACACGGGCCCGCAGGUGUUCCGGUGCGCGGCGGCGCGGAGCAGCGAGCUCUGCCAGACGGCGCUCAGCCUGCACGGCCGCUUCCGGCUGCUCGGCAACCCGCGCCGCAACGACCUGUCGCUGCGCGUCGAGCGCCUCGCGCUGGCCGACGACGGCCGCUACUUCUGCCGCGUCGAGUUCGCCGGCGACGCCCACGACCGCUACGAGAGCCGCCACGGCGUCCGGCUCCGCGUGACCGCCGCCCCGCGGAUCGUCAACAUCUCGGUGCUGCCCGGCCCGGCGCACACUUUCCACGCGCUCUGCACGGCUGAAGGGGAGCCGCCGCCCGCCCUCGCCUGGUCCGGCCCGGCCCUGGGCAACGGCUCGGCCGCCGUGCCGAGCCCAGGUCAAGAUCACGGCCACCAGGUGACCGCCGAGCUGCCCGCGCUGGCCCACGACGGCCGCUACACGUGCGCGGCCUCCAACAGCCUGGGCCGCGCCGAAGCCAGUGUCUACUUGUUCCGUUUCCACGGCGCCUCCGGGGCCUCGGCAAUCGCCCUCCCGCUCGGCGCGCUUGGCCUCAAGGUGCUGCUGCUGCUCGGCGUUCUGGCCGCCGGCGCCGCCGCCCGCCGCCGCCUAGAGUACCCAGUCACCCAGAACGCCUCACCGCGGCCCCAAGCUCAGGAGUCCAAUUACGAAAAUUUGAGCCAGGUGAGUCCUCAGGGCCCACCAGCAGCCGUGUGUUCACCUUGAGGAGCCCAUUGGCCACCGGCAUCCCCUGGACACCAUGAGGAAUGAAGGCCAACAUGUGGCUUGGCUGGGAUGGCCCUUCCUGGCUCCCAGGCACCUUGGCAGCCCUAGCCUGGUGGCGCCCUGAGGUCA